AUGGCUCCUCCAUUAACAAGUGAAGGAGAAAAAGCAAGUUGGGCUCGACUUAAUAUGGAUGUGAUGGAGAUGAUCCUGGAGCACCUAACCAUAGUCGACCAUGUCCGUUUUAGCAAUGUCUGCAAAUCUUGGCGAUCAGCCACCAUCAUCUCCCUCCGUGCUCUACAUGCUCCAUGGUUGUUGGUCAGCGUAGAUCAAUCUCCUCUAAGUUGGGGCCUUUACACCACCUCCAAUGGACGACGAAACCUAGUCUUGGAGAUCCCAAAGGAGUUUCGAAGCCAGUAUUGUUGUGGUUCAUCCAAAGGAUGGUUGAUAUUCGUACCUAAACCACCAAAACGUUUUCGAGGUUACACAGUUCAUCUCCUAAAUCCAAUCACCGGCAGUAUGAUCAACUUUUAUCCAUUCAUGCACUUUAUUAUUAAGGGUGUCAUAUCAACAUCUCCGCUUGCACCAGAUUUUCUCUUCGCGAUAUUGGGUUCUCAUUGUAUGGAAGAGAACAUAAGUGUAUUUUUAUAUGAAUCAGGGUAUCAAUCAUGGCAGGACUUAAAGAUAGAUGAUCCCAUGGAUAUUAUGUUUCACCAUGGAAGGCUGUAUGUUCUGACCGGCAAGGCAAAAAUCAUGGUCUAUGCAUUCAAACCCCACUGGAAGGUGUCGAUCAUCCCUAUUCCUUCCUUGUUUGGAGAGGAAGAACAUCAUCCUAGCUCAUGCAAUGGUAGGCUUGUGGGGUCUAAUGAUGACAUCUUUGUUGUGUCCUAUGAUACCAAGCUGGGAGAGCAACAACAAUUGAAGGUUUUCAAGGUCAGGGAAAGGGGACUACGCCAUCACGUAGUGGAGGUUGAUAGCUUGGGCGGUCACACCUUCUUCAUUUGUAGCUUCUCGGAAGGGGUGUCAGUAUCUAAGACAAAGUCAUCGUCAAAGUCAGAGUUAAUGAAGCCAGACUGUAUCUAUUAUCUAAGUCUUGAAGAUAACCUAAGGAGGUAUUGCAUGAAAAGAAGGCAUACAUUUCAAGUAGCAGGGUUGGAUGCGUCAGGUGAUAUCCUUGAAUGGUUCACUCCCAGAUUUGAGGAUCGAUCGAGUUUGAUGGCAGUGACUCCAUCCAAUGGCUCCUCCCAUUCUCGCUACUUGCUCCUCGCCAUCAUCAUCAUCAUCAUCAUGUUAGCCUGUGUCAUCCGAUACGUGUUGGGAAAGCUUGUAUGA